GCUGACAACAAAUGAUUUUAUACAUGUUCUGUUUUUCUUAGCUGCUUUUUUUUUUUUUUUUUUAAGUGAAACAUCAAGCUUAGAUCUCUAUCGAAAAACAAAAACAGCCAUGUUGAGAAGUAAAAGUAUCAAAAACAAAAGCGUUAAAAAGUCACCCCGAAAGCGUUCAGUUUCAGAAAAACCUGCAAGAAGUAAAAAUGAUUUGUGUUGUGCUAAUACUGAAAAACCAGAGCCAGAAAUUUCAGAUGAAAAGCAUGGCUAUGUUUUACGCCAGAAAAUUAAACAAGAGUUAGCAAGCUUAAAACUUCAAAAUAUAGAUACAGACCCAGAAGAUAGUGAUGAAACCAAUUCUGAUGAGACAGAUACUGAUAGUGAUUUUGAGUUUCGUUCUGAAGAUGCUUGUGAAACACCCAAACUACAAAAAAAGAAUUCUGUAAACGCUUUCUCAGAAAGCUAUUUUCGAGCACAAAGGCAGAAGAAAUGCAGUACAUCAAACAAAACUCUCUCAAAUGUAAAAAUAGAAAAAACAAAUAUAAAAGAAUUGAAGGAAAUUCUAGAGAGUGUUCCAGAAUAUCAUAAGAAAGAAAAAGAUGAUUUUUAUAAAACAUAUUCUGUGCACUUCUCAAAGUGGAAACUUCUAUUAAGAGAAGGCUUCAAUGUUUUACUUUAUGGUUUAGGCUCAAAACAGAAAAUUUUAAAUUAUUUUAUGACUGAAGCUUUAACUAAUUCCUUGUGUCUUGUUAUUUAUGGAUUUUUUCCUUCUUUGAAUGUUAAACAAAUGUUGUCUUCUAUAACUGAAGAUGCCUUAAAUCACGAAGGGAAAUUUUCGAGCAUACAAGAUCACUUAGAGUUUAUCAAGCAAUAUUUUUCUAAAAAUAAAGAGAAUUUGUACAUUAUCAUCCACAAUAUUGAUGGAGUUCUACUUCGUAGUACAAAAUCGCAAACAGUUCUUUCAUCAUUAGCAGCAGUUUCAAACAUUCAUUUCAUUUGCAGCGUUGAUCAUAUCAACUCUCCUUUAAUUUGGGAUCAAGUAAUGCUUAGUAGAUAUAAAUGGCUAUGGUAUGAUGCAACAACAUUUGAACCCUACAUAUUGGAAACUUCUUACGAAGAUUUCUUGUUGAAAGAUCAAUCCAGCCACCUUCUGCUGAGUUCUCUCCUUCAUGUAUACAACAGCUUGACACCUAAUGGCCGUGGUGUGUUUAAAAUUUUAGCUCAGUAUCAAAAAGACGAGAAAAAGAAUAAUUCAGGCAUGCCUUUUCAUGAAUGGUAUCAAGAAUGCAGAGAAGCUUUUUUGGUUAAUAGUGAAAUAACAAUGCAAGCACAAUUAUCAGAAUUUAAAAAUCAUAAAUUGCUUGCAUCUCGAAAGUCGAGUGAAGGUAUUGAAGUCUGGUAUAUUCCUGUUGAUUUAGCUACUUUAGAACAAUUUUUGGAAAAUUGUGAAUAAAAGUCAUCAGAU